AUUUUGGCGACAACGGCGCCUCCGUGGAACCCGCACCGCAAGGUGCCCGUGGACGCAGUCAAACGGUCAUGCGGGUGCUUUCCCACGCACGGCCCGGUCGAGCUCGUUAUUUUCCGUUACAAUGUCUUUCGGGAUCCCUCAGGAGCUUUCGGCCUCCCUACAUUCCUUUUGGUAUCAUUAUCUGUUGCUCAAGCUUUGAGUACAACUGCCCUCGGACGCUGGUAGUUGUCCGUUGCGGUUUCCAUGUUGAUUCCAUUCCACAAUCUGGGAUAGGCACAAGCACCGCUCUUCGAAGUCAAGGGUCAUAUAUGGGUUCCCUGCUUGCCUUCAGAGAGUCGCGGCUCAGGAGGACAAAUCAGACAGCGAAGAUCUUUCGAGGAACCGGCGAUGGGGCUCCCGGUCGGUUGUCUAAUGAGUUUAAUGAAGCUCGAGACUACCUUUCGAAUGAAAGGACAGUCUUGGCCUAUCUGUCGCAUUUGCUGAGCCUGCGGGGUCUCUCCAAGACUAGAUCUUCUCACUACCCUUUGGGUAUUUGAUGAUGCAGGGCUUUCAAUGCCGCACCGCCAUUCACUGAAUUCGCAAAAUCAAUAGGAGCGAUUACGAUCCUGUUCGGUUUGGCUGUACUUGUCAUGGGUAAGCGGACCAGACAUCCUGAUGAUGCUGUGUUAAUCAGGUCCGAGGCGAUACUUUCAGGUACAAAGCAGGCUUAAGCGUAUUCAGCCCUGGCUUCAUUUCGAUAGCCCUCGGAGUUCUUGUCCUCAGGUUUAGCGUCGUACUCGCAGCGGUUCCAAG